AUGUUAGUUAACCUAGUACGAGCAGCUUUUCGAGAAUCUGUCGGCCCUUGCGGCCUCGGGGUCGAGGCGGACGCCCAGAACUGCGAAAACUUCAGUCUUGGAAUCUUCCGUGCCGUCGCAGCGGCGGUCAACCUUCUCCCCGCCACCGGGUGGGUAGUUGCAUGGGGAGAGGAGGUGUUGUCUCUCUUGCUGCAAAAGGGUACAAACAUGUACAAACUCCAGGGCGACGUGGAGCCCAGGGAAACAUGCAAUGAGACCGAGAGCUUCUUGGGCUGCAACUUCACCAUCAGCAACCUGAGGAGCCGGGCCAGCUCCAACAACACCAUCUUGGAAGGUUGCCCUCUGAUUCUGGACACAUUCCAGGAGCUCUUCCUCUACUGCAACCUGCUGAACGAAAGUCGGCUCGUGACCGCGACGACUUGCGGGACAGGCACCGCGCAGUUUGACCACCAGCUCGCGGCCUUCAAGACCUACAACGACACGUGCUCGCGUGCUGGCUGUGAAGAUAACACCGUGGGCAGACUCGCUUGCAGUGACCCGUGGCGUGGGACGACGCGUUUUGACCAACGCGCCACGGUGCAGUUCUUGGCUGAGCCAGGGGCCUGUGUUUACAUCAUCCAGCAGCCACACCGAGGGCUGGCAGACGAAGAGGAUGGUGACUUUGACCAGCUCCUAAUCACCAGCGCGGCAAGCUCCGCCAGCAGCCCAGCCAGCAGCCCAGCCAGCAGCCCAGCCAGCGGCCCAGCCAGCGGCCCAGCCAGCGGCCCGGCCAGCGGCCCGGCCAGCGGCCCACCUAGCGGCCCACCUAGCGGCCCACCUAGCGGCCCACCCAGCAGCCCACCAAGCUCACCAGGAGGCGUGGCGUUGGUGCAGAGCCAGGCUGUGCCGAGCCAGGCUUUGCAGAGCCAGGCUGUGCAGAGCCAGGCUGAGGCUGUGCAGAGCCAAGCUGGGCAGAGAACCAUGGAGGUGUUGACAAAGCUGGAUACUCUUCUGAAAGGCGCCGCUGAGCAGAAGAAGGCCUUGGAGAACCUGCAGAAAGAGGUCUCCACAUCAAGGCUCGCGAGGGCUGCCCCGGAAGAAGGACUCGCCGCCCACAUCCCACAUGGACGUGGUCACACCGCUGAAACCUCCGGCUUCGAGAUGUGCCUGGCGCAUCGCACUUCACCCAGAGUCCUUGCUCAGACGAGCCGCAGGGAGCAGUAUUCUCCAGAAUGCGACCCCACAAGCGCCAGCAGGGCGAUCCCAAUCUACAACCAUGGCUGGGACGGCUCCUACAGAGUGGCCUGCUGCGAGCAAGAUGGCUUGCACUGUGGUGGUUGCGAGGACGUUGCGGAAAAUGCUGGUUUUCCUGGCUCGUGCAGGACAUGCGCGGGUGGCUUUGUGCAGCUGGAGGAUGGCAGGUGCCAAGCAUGCAUGGACAUGGUGUCCUGGGAAAGUGCCGAUGGCGUCUCUUGCUUCGACUUGGACGACUCGUGCACGGACGAAAAGGUCAACGGAAUCUCCGCCUCGGAAGCCUGCUGCAAAUGUGGUGGCGGUCAUCGCGCAGCCACGGCUUUCGGCUAUUAUGUUGGAGCUGUGGUCAUAGGCACCUCGGCCUACUUAGGCCUGUGCCGUCGGCUCGAAGCACAGCGCUUCAUCCAGAUGUCAUGUGGAGGUGCCACAAGUGUCUUGGGAUACCCUGUCCCACGAACGGCAGCCCACUACUUCCUGAAUGACGACUGUGAACUUCUGGAGUAUGGGCUGACCGUGAGCGGCACUACCGGUGAGCUGAUGCUAGCGGAUGGGUGCAACACUGUUGGCUGCGGCUCUACCGAGCCUUUCUCUGUGACCUGCACUGUCACCGCGCAACAGAACAUCCAAAGCCCAUUGGACGAGAUCCAGGCGACUCCAAUAACUGGCGAUGUCGAGACCAUCAGCUGGUUCAAUGCGGCUCUGGAGGAGACGUUGGUGUUCACCGACAGCCAUUACAUCUUCACUUCGCUCGGGGGCUAUGACGAAGCUUGCAUCUAUGUGCGCGGCCAGAAUAAUGACAUGAAGACGACGCAGCCUCCGCAGGUGCAGUGGAGCAUCAAAGCACCCUUUGCCUCUACCGUCUAUCUUGACAUGUGGGACGGGCAAGAGGACCUGGGCUUUGCAAGUUGGCCAGACCGCUCCGCCUGGGUGCUGUCCUCGAUCGAUGGCGUCGCUAUUGAGACCACCACCACCACCACAACCAGCACCACCACAACCAGCACCACUACCACCACCACAACUACCACCACAACUACCACCACCUCCACCCUCGCCCCACCAACCGUCACAGCAGGUAUCAAACUGGCUGAGGUGGAUCGCUCACGAGCUAGGCUUGGGCCGGGUGCCGUGUACAAGCGGGACUACGAGGCCGGGGCGUCCAUCAGCCUGUACGGCAACGGCAUUGAGGGUGGUGAUACCGGCACCUUCUUGGUUUACGUUUGCCCCGUCGAACGCACUGCCACUGCCACAGCCGAGCUGACGGUGACGGCCCAUGAGGGCUUCUCCUACGGGUCAUCGCCGCUGAUCUUCUAUUCGGGUGAGACCUACGAGCCUGAGAGCCAGCAGGAUGGGACCUUUCAUGAUCUGGCUUGUGCGCCCAAAGAGGUGGCGGAUGCUCUGGCAGUAGAUCCAAGCACCGGCAAGCUGACGUGGGUCGAUGACUCCGCCAGCGGGGGUUUGACCUUUGAUGCAGAAGGCGACAAGACCUCGCUGAAUGGGACCGCCGGAGGCAUCUGUGAGCUGACCCAGGGCAGUUCCACGACUCGCUUUGUAGUGCUCAAGCCGAAGAUUUGGGAGUCUUUGGACUACGGCUACACUGGCACCCUCUACGCUAGCCUUGGCGAGGUCUCACCGACACUAAAGCCCCGUGGCCAGAGCGGACGGCUUGCGCCGACACGCUUUUCGGCACAGGUGCACGAGGAGGACUCCACCGACAAGACUGACUUCACCUUUGACAUCCUGACGGGUGAAUGCACGUACAAAGGCGUCGAGCUCUUCCUGCUGAACAUCGAGACAGGGGCCCUGACCCUAUCACCAGCGCUGGAGUUGGCGGACCUGCUAGAUGCUUCCUCGACGCGUGCGAGCCUGGUUCGGACCUUCACAAUCUUCGCCCACUAUGAGUGGCCACCUCUCCGCACUGGGCCAGUGCUGUUGCACAGCAUCACCAUGGACUUCCGCGACAACACCUGCUGGCCAAGUCAGACCCGAAGCUUCUCAGCACGAAGCACUUUCCAGGAGGGCAGCAUCUCGUCUGAGCAGGCCUGUAGGAGUCUGUGCCGAGCGAAAGCCGACUGCACCCACUACAAGUGGGACAGCGCGGAGUCGCAGUGCUAUGAGUACAGCCAGCGCUGCGAGGGGGACUGUGAGCACAGCGUUACGCUCUUCGCACGGAACCCCCAUUGUGGUGAGAGAACCUCCUGCAUCCUUCUGGACAUUGACUCCCUAUUCUACCUCUCCGGUGAGUACUGCCCUGCAGGGGAGAAUAAGGAGCCAGGCGGCCAGAUCUUUCUGAAGAACGGCCGCACGCAUGAGGAUUCGUUCUGGCUAACCGCCUAUGACGAGGACAGGAUCACGGGAUCGCAGUGCGAUGGUAAGGCCUGGAUGUUGCAGUCGCCUUCCGAAAGCGACUACCGCAACUUCUCUGCCUUCUACAUGGAGCUGCACGGAGAAGGCGUGGCUUGCCUGGCCGACAGCGACUUGGUGUCGAACAUCUUCAGCUCUUCGCCGCAAAGUUUCGAGCUGGCUCUCGCAGACUCGCAGACCAGCUACCCUGGCAACGCCCAGCUUGUGGUGCCAGGCUGUGGCGCUCCGAACCUGACCCUGGCCCAGAAGAUCCAGACGGAGGACGAGGAGGUGUCCGGGGAGGAGGCCAUGUUUGUCGAGAGGCUGGUGUUGGACAACCCUUCCACGGAGCUGGUCGCAGACCAUUGGCUGCACCCCUGCCAGUGCGUGCCUGAUUCAUGGGGCAACGACAGACCUGUCACACCCGAUGCCAUCGAAGAUGUUCCGGCUGGCAGCUCCAACAUGUUCACUCCUGCGCCGGAGACAAUUGUAGAAGGCGCCUUCGUCUGUGACCAGAAGUACUUGCUGAACGUUCGUGUGGCCCUGGACACCGAAACCGUUGAUGCAGAGUUUUGUGAGGAGAUGUGUGCCGAACAGCCCUUGUGCAAGUUCUUCUGGGCUGGCUCUGUUGGUUCCAGCAGCCAGUGCUGGUUCUACUGGGGCUGCGACACUCUCUACCGGCAGCUGGGCAUCAGUGGCAAGUUGCGGGCCUGGGAGAAAGAGUCGCAAGUUUGCAGGAUGUCGAAUGCAGAAGUGUGUUGGCGGACCACGAAGAGGCGCCAGUUCUUAGGUGCCUUCUUGUCCUCUGAUCCUUUCCUGCUGCCGGACUGCCUCCACCAGAAUCUCUACAUGCAGUGCGACCAAAAGCUCAUGCUGGGUGGUAGUGGGGUGGAAUCAUGUGGCCAAUGCAGGCACAUCAGAGUGGACGAGAACGGGGACUAUGCCGUGUCAACGCACCAGCUAGAGGCGGCUCCUGUGGCGGCCAUCUCGAUGCCAUCUGCAGCCCGCUCCGUAGAGGUCAUCAAGCAAGGGAUCGUUGAGGCGCUCAUCACGGAACUCGCCGUCUGGACUGAUGAUACCUCAGGCGACCCAGAGACUUUCGACAACUUAGGUGGCUUUGGCGAGGAGUGCUACUAUGUCCGUGGGCCGGAAGAGACUGGCCGGAGCUAUCCGGACAUACUUUGGACACUUGCUACACCUGUUCCGUCCUCCGUGUACCUGGAUUUCGUGGAUGGGGACACCGGCGAUUUUGAGGAUUGGGACGACCGCACGGCGUGGACACCGUCGCCUCAACAAGGUGCGACGACCGACACGGACGGCACCAAGACUGGGCCUGGCGAGGUGUACCAUCGCGUCUUUCCGGCUGGUGAGAUCAAGCUGGCUGCUGCUGGCCGAUACAUGGUCUGGAUUUGCCCAGGCGGCGCCCCUUCGGCUGUCGCGAGCCACGUACCAUCUGAAGGGGAAACAGCAGUUGAAUUGGUGUAUUGGUCUGACCAAGCUGUCGGAGAAGUGGCUUACACCGACCGUGGCUAUGCUUUCUCUACCCUCGGCGACUAUGCGGAGGGCUGUUACUAUGUGCGGGGGAAGAACUCCGAAGUCAUGAACACACCCUUCACAGAUGUGCAGUGGAGCAUCAAGGCCCCGUGGCCUUCCACCGUCUACCUGAGCAUGUAUCAAGAUCAGGACGACGACAUCUAUGGCUUUGCGAAGUGGUUCGAGCGGUCCUUGUGGACCCUGGAGUCGGGCUUUACGGGAGUCAAGGUUCAAAGCACAGGGCCAGGGAACGUGUACUCUCGCAUGUACGACGCCGCGGAGUUGAUAGAGCUUUUCGGCAACGACGGCAAUGGUCGAGGCACCUACCUCGUCUUUGUCUGCCCCAGGGAAGUCUCUGACGAGACAGAGCUUCCAGCACUGGCGCCAGACCAAGUGCUUGGGUCUGCCGCCGCCACAUCCAAGGCUGAGUGUCCCCACGGCUCCUAUGCCGUGGCGUGCACAACCUUUCCAGAGCAAGUGGCUUAUUCGCAUCUCCCGAGCUCCACCGGAUGCCGGACCUCCUCCAAUGACAUGACGGCUACCAUAGCAACUUGCUCCUUUGCAGGUGAAGUGACUAUUGAGACAUCGACUUGGACGAAGGGCUCUGUGGUGUCGGUGUCGUGUCCCGAUGGCACGCAGCCUACAGCAUGCACCUGCGAGGAAAACGAGGAUGUGGACUUGGUGAUCUGUGGUGGAGAGGUCUACUUUCAACCUUAUGAGUCGGUCUGCGCCAAGAGCCUGGGCGAGGCAGACUCUUCAACUGCGGUGGCAAAGGUCUCGGCGCACUGCCAGGCGCCCAGCACGCCUUCGGCCGGCAAGACCGUGCUGGGCUCCGUGUUCAACCAUGGUGACGUAUUGGUUGCAAGUUGCUGGACCGAACGGUACUAUUCCGUCGACGUCCAGGCGGAGCUUCGUUGCGUCGCAGGGCAUUGGCUGAACGCGGAGGGCACGCCUGGCUUGGUGAACUUCGAGUGCAGCUCUGGCAUCCAGGUUGUCACAUCCGUCUACCAAGACCUGGCCGACAAGACGCUGCAGGAGCUGUACUUUGCCUCCCGAUGGAGGUUGCAGGUUUUCCUGCAGAUCGGAGGGGCUCAGUUCUCCUUGGACACUUGCUUCGUGGCGGAACUCACCAAUUCAUCCAACACCUUGCGGCGGUUCCGUUCCUGCGAUGGGAGCCAAUGCCUGGAGGCGUCGGAGGCGUCCGUCCUCAGCCUGGAGACAUGCAGCGACUCAGCACAACAGCUCCUGACCGGCAACCAACUGAACGAGCUCCUCGCGCGGACGUACAAGGCAUCGGUGGGCUCAGAUGCCGUGGAAAGUACGCAGGACCCCUUGAACAGCGGUGGCAAGUACAGCCCAUUCGAUCUGGAGCUAUUCCUUGAUUGCGGCAACGGACAGGCGAUGAGGAUGCUGAGUUUCGGGCAGCCCAACCAAGAUGAUCCCACGGAUGCCAGCCAAGCGGUUCUGGGUAUGUCUGGCCGCUGCACUCUGGCAAACACGCGGGGCAACAUGACGAAGAAACGCCUAUCCCUGAGGGUGGGCAUCGAGAGCGAGGCGGAAGGCACCUGCAUGCAGCACGCUGCCUGCGAUGACAGCUCUGGCCUGGAUUGCCUCUCAGCCGUGCUAGCGGUCUGUGAUGGCUCCGCGGGGCAGCUCUUCUUCUGGGAGGGCGACAAACCAUAUUCCGAUGUGGAUGGCUCCGGUUCUGCUUUCCUAUACACAGAUGCAACGAAGGCGAGGCCCAUCUAUCGAGACAACGCAAUACUGGAGGUUGUACCCAGCGAUGAGGGCUUCCUUCGGAUUGGAACCGAAUCGGGCCUUCUGGCCGAGAGCACAUCCAGCUUAAGUGAUGAUUCGUUGCCAUCUUCGGAGGAACCGGACACAAAAUUCGUGUGGCACAUUCAGUCGGUCGCCAGCUCUGCGGACCUGGUCCUCACUUGCCCGAGCGGCGAGGUGAUGGUCGGCUUCUGGAAACAGGGCAUGGACAUUUGGUGGGCCUGCGACUCCGUGGUCGGUCUGGGCACAUGCGGUGAGAGAGUUUCAGUCCAGGAGCAGGAGGUCUACGAUUUGGACUUUCUGAGACUUCUUGAGGUGGACUGCGAAGAGGGCCACGUCAUGCAGUCGUUGCAGGCGGAAGUGGAUGCUGCAGGAAAGGCCAUGCGACUCAAGGCAACCUGUUGCUACCUCGCACAGCCUCCUGUGACCCUGCGGCCCUACUUCAGCUUCGAAGAUUCUGUGGACGAAACUGCGGGCAUCUAUUUUCCGACCGGGUUGGACAACUCUGGGCGGCCCAAGUUUCAGCAGUUCCUCAGCUUCGAGCCGUAUAUCCUCCCUGAAGAUGUCCCUCAACACACGGACACCCUAGCCUAUAACAGGUCUCAGGGCGAGUGGUGCGUCAGCACCAGCAGCGACGACUUCUGCUCCACCCCCACGGACAUUGUGCAUCCACUUGACUUGGGGGAGCAGGAGCUCGGUGCCAGCUGGAGAGUCAUGCAAAUCACGGACUUUGCCACGGUCUUCCAAGGCACCGGCGCGGGUGCCACGACCACUGCGAGGCCGAGCCCGGUGGAGCCACUGCCCCAGACGAAGCCGGCAGUCCUGCCUCCGCAGCCUCCGGAGCUCAAUGACCUCACCGCCCACACCCCUGAGUAUGAGGAGAUCUGCAAGGACCCCUCCACGCCUGGGACCGCCACCUAUUCACAAGCCACGAUGCACGAGGAAGCCUUGAAACUCGGAGAGGAGCACCCGUGCAGCUACGUUUGGAGUGACAAGCGGGAAAACCAGACGCACGCGGCGGCUGGCAUGUCUUGGUGGAACCGGGAAGAUGGCGAAGGCGGAGGACCGAGCCAAAUCCUGCAAGACAUCACCUACCGGUCCGUUAAAGAGUGCGCCGACCGCGAGAUCACAGCAGAGAGCAGGCAGAAUGAAGCAAACCGGGUGCUCGACGAAACGGAGCUAUGGGUAGACCAUGGUCUUGCCGGGGCUGAACACGUGGUUGACGCAGCGGUCCCAGAUCCAGUUCUGCUGGUGCCAUUUGUCGGUGGAGGCUUCAAAAUGGAAGGGGGAGGAAAGUUCGCAAACGCGUUUAAGUUCGCAAGAAUGUUCAAGGAGUUCAUCUUUCUGGUCACACGGCAAGAAACCGCCCGCAAAUACGGACGCGACAACACCAACGACUGCAGCUCCAUGCAGCAUGGGCUUGCUCGCCUGUUCUGCGACUUGUUCUGUGUGCGGGAUGCCGUGCUGAAGGGGGAUGCCGCGAUCUUGCAGACCCUCCAGAGUGCGGUCCAGACCAUGAAUCAGAAUCUCCAGGUGCUUUUCCAGACCUACCUGGGCGGGGGCGAUGCAAGCCUAUUGCAGCAGCAGCAGGAAGUCGUGGACGGCAUCGCCAGGAACUUUGUGGAGAUGAAGCGGAUGGCCUCGCAACGGCUGCACCCCGUGGCCGGCGCGGCCGCAAGCCGUAGCCUGGUGGACUUCAUCGGCCGCAUGGGAAGCCUCAAGCAGCAACUGCACAGGCAGCUGAAGGACAAUGCGACACUGGCACCAGCAAAGCGCCAGGGGGCCAACUUCACUGCUCACCUGAUGUCCAUGGCCCAGGAGGUGGGACGUUUGCAUGGCACCGUCAAAAUCGCCACGAACGCUCGAAAGCUUUCGGCGACGCAUGCGGUGGCAGACCACACCGCAGAGGCCGUGCAGGCGUUGGAUAGGGCGUGGAAGAGCAAGGUUCGCACUCUUGGCGUUUUCCGCCACGUCGCCUUUCGCAGCAAGCAGCGCCAGUCCUGGAUCCGUGCUUCGGGACAGAUCGAGCUGACAGAGGUCAUGGACCAGCUGAAGGAACAGGAGCUAAGGGCCGCGAUAGCCAGCACGGACCAGACAUGGUGGCAGUUGCGGCAGCACUUGGACUCCUACAUCGAUGCGAUGGACUCCUACUGGAAGACCUUCAAGUCUGCCAUCAACGUCGUGGACGACUACACUUCGUGCGCCCUCCCCUUCAACCUCUUGAAGUCGGCUUACCAGGGGCUGGCUCGGGCCAAUCGCCAGGCGGAGGCCGCUUUGAAGGAGACCUGGGUGAAGGCCAACCCUCUCGUGGGGCUUCUGGCAUCCCAGUUUGUGGACGCUGACAUGUUAACCCUCUUCGCGAAGCGGGAUCUCAGGGACGUGAAGGUGGAGAGCAUGGACCUGGCGAGUGUGACGAAGGGCCAGACUGCCCUGCAGCAGGAGACCAGGCACAAGCAGCUGUGCAACUCGGGAGCCAUGCUACGUCAAGAGCUCGAGACGACAAUCGGUGAAGCCUUGCAGAAAGGCUUGUUCGGUCAGAGCUUGGAACAACUGGACGCCAUCUUCUCCGAGAUGGAGAUGCUCCAGGCGAGGUUCCAAGUUGCGGACAUGGAGCCCCCGAACCAAGAUGUGAUCGAGGAUGCCCGGCAGCGCAUCGCGGGACUGGUGGAGGUUUCUAUGUCCAUCCACAACGCCACCAUUGAUGAUCUGAGCAGGCUGUGGCAGGCCACCCACUGCUGA